AUGUAUGGUCCCACUACUGCCAAGUUAGCUUUAAAACAAAGAUCUCAGACUGACUUAUACUUGUCCACUCACUUAAUCCAAACAAAGAGCUAUUCUAGAUAUAAUAUCAGUGAUAAUCACAACAUUCUUCCAAGUUUCUCAGGAGGGAGAUUAUUGCAAGAGACAACUAAGUUCAUCGGCUACCGCGGAGGCGUGGGAGCCUCCGCAAUCAGCCUCCGCGCCGGACAAGCCCAGAGGGCGUAUCUGGGCACUGAGACAGAUUCAACCAUAUAUACGGCUGAAUUAAAGGAUAUCGAGAUAAUCCUUAUCCUCGCGGAGAGCACUCUACUGAGAUACAACUCUGAAGUAAACUUAUAUCUACUGCCAAGAGAACCAUUCACAAAGAUAUAUAUACAGAGAAUUAGACUUAUAUACUUUCUUUAUAAGAUUAAAGUAGCUGUGUAA